ACGGAGGUUAUCAAGGGGCCAUGUGGCAGCGUGGGGAUGACCUUCAGGCAUGUUCCUGCCACUGAGGGGGAUGCAGUCCACGUCAGCAUUGAGACGGUCACGCCAAACUCCCCUGCAGCCUUGGCAGAUCUGCAGAGGGGUGAUCGCCUCAUCGCCAUAGGAGGUGUCAAAGUGACAUCCUCGGUUCAAGUGCCCAAACUGUUGAAGCAGGCUGGAGAUAGGGUUGUGGUACUUUAUGAGAGACCAGUUCGUCAUCAGACUCCCUCUUUGGGAGGCUUGGGAACUCUUCAGGAAGGGUUUGGGCAGCUAGAGGAAACAGGUUUUAUUCCCCAGCCAGGCGGUUAUGAGGAAGACCCAGCCCCCAUCAGCACCCUUUCUGACAUAUCUGACAGCAAAGACAUGGACUCUGAGUUUGAAGAGUUGAUUGUGGACUCCAAACCUAGCCAGUCUGGUGGAGCUAAUAACAGUACUACAAAUACCAGUGACACUAAAGAGGAUUUCUUACUUACAGUAAACCAAAGCCCCAAAAGGACUGUGGCCAACUUGGCCUCUAAGCCCCUUGGUACCAUAUCACCUAUUCUCAACCGCAAGUUAAACCUGGUGGGUCUCCAGUCCCCACUAAAGCCUCAGCCCAAAGAAUCACCAAAGCCCUCACCAUAUAAAACCAGUAGUGAUCCAGGGGAGGGUCUGCAGAGGCCCACCGUUCCUCCCCCACCUCCUCCCUCUCGCCCCCCAGUGCCGCCAAGACCUCAGAUAAGGCUGACACCAGCCUCCUCAGAAACCAGUCUUUCCGAAGGUGUUGAUUCUGUCGGACAUGCUAAUGCUUCUGUUGCUCCCAUUGUGAGUGCCACCAUCAGUGCUUCUGAAAAAUCUCCAGAAAAAGUUCCUCUCACUGCAACCAAUGACGACAAAGCUGGCAAUGAGAAGCUAUGUGUCAAACAGGCAGAGGCAAAGCAGCCCACCAGGCAAGUAGAGUCCAGUGAUGAGCAGCCAGUCCCUUCCACUGUUACCAGCAGUAGCAAAGCUGAUCAAGCAAAGGACAAAGCUUCAGAGAGCUCAUGCAGCACACGGGACAGUCUAGAGGACCACUCCAUCUGGGAAUCCCCAGAAACCAUGUUUCGUAACCAGACAGCACGCUGGCCCAAAGCCUCUAUGGUGUUUGAUGUAGAGAGCAACCACAAGUACCUUAAUGUGGCCCUGUGGUGCAAAGAUCCCUUUAAGCUUGGUAGUUUGUUGUGCCUGGGUCAUGUCAGCCUCCCGCUGGAACAUGUAGCCCUGGAAUGUAUGGCCACAUCUUCAGCAGAGUACCAGAGCACGUUUAAGUUGGGGCCUCCAGAGCCCAGAGCUAACGUCAGCCGCACUGCACUACGCAGCCUCAGCUCCCACAAGGGCUUCAAUGAGAAGCUGUGUUAUGGAGAUGUCACUCUGAACUUCUGCUACUUAGCUGAGGGUGACUUUGAGUAUCCAGGGGGGCUGGCAGAAAGGGAGCGAGAGGGGAGUCUUCAUGACGAAGAUCAGCGCGAGAGGGAGAAUAUCCCCUCAGCACCACGUGAUGACUUAGCCUAUGGCACCAUGCAGUUGGUGGAAGUUCGUCACAACUUCCAGGACACACAGUUCCAGAACCCCACCUGGUGUGAAUACUGCAAGAAGAAGGUCUGGACCAAGGCAGCCUCUCAGUGUAUGAUCUGCGCCUAUGUUUGCCACAAGAAGUGCCAGGACAAGUGCCUCUCUGAAAAUCCCUUCUGUGUGGCAGCAACUGAACGUCGUGGAGCUGACCCUGAAGCAAAAUCCACCAUAAACCGGGCCACCACUGGCCUAACACGU